GUCAGUGGACGAUACCCUAGGAGCGUUGCCGAAAUGGUCAGAGGAUUGCCUGCAAAGGUCAUUGUGAGAGGGCUGCCUCCUAAAUUAAGUGCUGAUGAUUUCAUCAGAAUUGUUGACCCGCUACCCUCUCACACCUACUUUAGGUUUUGCGGUGCUGAUGAGUCAUUGGGUGGUCUGGGGCUGACGCGGGUUUACAUUACAUUCAACGACAUAGAUUCUGUAUUUGAUUUCAAAGAAAGGUUUGAUGGCUACAUUUUUUUGGAUUGCGAGGGAAAUGAGUCCUCUGCACUUGUAGAGUUUGCCGUUUGCCAGGCAUUGGCGAGUGCUAAAGGAUCUUCAGACGAUAAUAAGGGAGGGAAAGUGGACAAAAAACAGGGUUCCUUGUUGAAAGACUCAGCAUAUUUGAAGUUUAUGAACUCGCAAUCUGCUGAAGUUUGUGCCGAAAUAUCAGAAUCAGAGUUCAAAAAAACUCCCUGGGAAUCCAUUUUAGAUGAUCUCCAAAACAAGGACGCGAACGCUCUUCAGACCCAAACUGUCACACCACUUUUAACCUACCUUAAUAACCGUGGUGGAGAUAUUAGACGUAAAGAUGAAGAAUCAUCACGUCACAGGCAGUUUAGACAAGGUAAUGCAUCUGUCAUCAAGAAAACGCCGAAAGUAGACAAAUCUGCACGAAGUCAUCCAUCAGUUAGGCGACCUCAUGAAUUAAAACGUAUUUCUUCUGAUCGCAUUUGCGAGGUUUCAAACAAAGAAAACCCUCAACAUAAUAGCACGGAAGAUUUAACGAGAGUUGAUCCAAAAAUGCAAAAGAAUAAGAAUUCAGAAAAGUUGAUCACAUUGGAUGCAAAUGAAUUUCCUGCUAUGCAAAGUUCCUGUCAGCGUCCAAACAGGUCUACAAAUCAGUGUUCGAGUUGGCCAUCAUUUCGGGCAUCAAACAUUUCAGACGCAACUUCAGAAAAACCUAGUGCAUCAGCGUCCAGAAAAUCAGCCAUUGUAGCGGACUCAAAACCAUUUUCGGGGAUUUCGGAUUCUAGUUCAGAAAAUAGGGUUAGAAUAAACCUUUCAGAAUUAGAAGGACACAAAUCAUCAGAAUGUGUGAUAAAACCAACAUCAAAAGAAUCACUACCAAAAUGUCAAAACGAACAAACUUUGAACAGCCAAAGUGAGCCAAAACAUAACGACCAGAGUUCAACUCAAGGCAACGCUUUACGAACUAAAAAGGGGAAUUAUUUCUCUGCCCGUCCAUCUGCUUCUGUCAAUCAAACGCGAAAACAUCCAAUAGUACCAGCUGGAGGAAGACGGGAUUCAGAUGCAAAUAUGCAGAAUUAUACUUCAUCCUGUCAGGUUGAUGACCAAGAAAAUGAAUUUAGUCAUGAACGAUACAACAACUUUUCGAAGUCUGGGAUUCGUGGUCGCGAUAACCGACGUGGUACCGUCUCCAGUCAUGAGGUACUUCAUAAUUCGUCUCGCGAUUCCCAUAAGGGAUCUCAACAGAGCUCCAGAGAGACUGUUAACCGUGGUUAUGACUACCGAGGAGAAGGAGAGUCCGUCAGAAGUGACUAUUAUUCUGACCAACAAAAUUCAAAUGCUCGGUUUUCUGGUGCUUCUCGAAAUUCGUGUUUGUCAAGCAAAGGUCGAGUAAAUUCAGUGAGCACUACCAGUUAUCGCCGUCCUGGUAAUUACGCUUCUCGUGGUCGUGGUUCUGGUUACUAAGUGGUUAUCAUGCCAUCUCGAUUUGAAUCAAAAGUUCUGAGAAAUCUUUACAGAAAAUCAGUACCUCAUAUUUGGAGAAUUCUUUUCAUGUAUACCGUAAUGAAGCAUUCAUCGAAUUCUUUUUUGAUCAAGUAUUCUCUUAUUUCAUCGCAGUCGACAGCUCCAGACUUAUCAACAUCUAUAUCGUAGAACAUCCGAAUCUGCGAUAAAAUAAAAGACCAUACUGAUUUUCAAACCAUUAAUUUACCUGGAUUAAUGCACCAUCUGUAGUCAUUUUUUAUUUUUACUUGAGAUCGAGAAGUUUCCCGUAAAUUCGCUUGUACUCCUUUGGUACAAUCUCGGUAUUCUUUCGAUACCAUGAGAUCACCAACAAAUAUAUAUCGCUACAACCUUCAAUCGCCUUCUGAUAUUUGGUACUCAACCUUCCUGUAGUGGUGAUCAUAGCUAACCUCGACUCGACGCCACACUACACAUGUAAGGGCAUUGCCAAACUUCGAAUACCUGUGGCAUGUUUAGCGGUGAACACGAGAUGACUUGGUACAUUAAAAAACAAACUGUGAGUCUGUUUCUCGUUGGGACAUCCUGACAUUUUUCAACUCUUAUUUUUACAUAUAUAAUAUUGUUUUAAGGUACUCAAGUAUUUGUUUUUCUCGCCAAUGUAUAUUUUUUAUUUACUAUAACGGAACAGACAACCGAUCUCCUGAAGAUUAAAACUCUUAUGCACCCAACCUUUCAACUUACAACAUUCUGGUUUGACGGUAUAGAAGCCUGAUUCUACUAAGCAUAAGCUGACUUUCACAAGCACGACGUGAUAGACCCGCAUACUCAAUUUAUCUCAGUAGUGAAGGAACUACCGCAUCAUUCUAACAAGUACGUCACACACUGGUGGUGUUUAUCAACCUCACGACACUUCGAAGAGGGCUAUGCUUAAACGUGAAAUUCUAAUCCACCGACAAGGGCUAGGCCAGCUCAUCUACAAUAUAGAAUUACAACAUGGUUGUUGAUACGUGUGCGAGAGGCUAUUAGUCAACGGACCUUCAAUAAGUGCAUUUUUAGACACUUCUUAUCUGGAAUUCUCGAGCACGUACGAGUGGUUCCCGUCUCAUCUCAAAGGAACCUUUAAAAGGAACAGACUGCAUCUGCCGGUUGGAUUCUGGAAACCGCCAGAAUCGACAGCACCAAGGUAUGUUCGGUCAAAGAAAGUCCUAAAAACGGGAAGGAUUAUCUUGGAAAUAGCGAGAUAAAAGAGAAGUGUCUAACGACGACAUACUGGUUGAAACUGCAAUCCCGUCUGAUGAAAAAGUGAGGUUAUCAAUACAUCAUAAGUGGCGGAAGAGUUGUGGCUAUAAAUAACACAUCAAACGCAAGUUCUAGAAGUCAUUAGUAAAUAAUAAUGAAUUCCAGAUCAGUAUGUGUUCAUACUAUGAGUAUCUGCAACGUUGUAUUCAAUGCAAAACACAAAGCAGCAAAUAUAUCCUCCAACUGAAGUUCUGUAAGUCAUCAAAAUCAAUGCCAACCCUGUUGGUGUUUUUAGACGUAGCCUAACUGAACACGCUCGGUCACGCAUCCGCACUAAAUCACGAGUGGGUACGUCAUGCUACGAAUCCCUUGUAACUACUAGCCACCUUAGAUGCUUCGAUUGUAUAAAUUUCACGGGCAAAAAAGUUGUCAAACUCUGGAUAUCUGUGGCAACGUCAACCCCUGCAACCCAACCUGUUACGCCAUACAUCUACGUCCUUUAGUUCGCAAUGAGACAAACACAAUUGACUCGGUUAGACACCCUCGGAAAGUUGGGACAUAUCAUUUUGACCUUGUUCUUACGAGUUAUUAUUGUUACCAAGCGCCAGACCUCUCAACUUUAUAUGAACUCGACAGUUUACAGUAAACCAGUCCAGCACCAGAAGUAAAGUCAUUACAAGACUUAGCCAUGGCAGGACUCAUUGAGAGUGUCAAAAGUUUCACCCAGACUGUCGUUAAAAUCCAAACAGAUUGCAGAAACAGGAGCAGAUCUCAAGUGUCCAAAUGGUCUGGACAGUUCUGUUGAUAUCACUGGAAGCUUGGCUCCGAAUCAACCAGGUGCAGUCAUCCAUGUGCCUGGUCUAAGCAAUAUCCGAAGAAUAUGGGAAAAGAAUAACCCCGAUACAGGUCGGGGCUAUCGGGGUGUGCAUCAGCAGUCGAUUGUUUUAUGUUAGAGACAGAGAUUCGGGCUUGAACGUUUCGGUGUAUACUGGUGCUCCACUCAGUGCCAUUACUCAGAACGAAAAGGAGCUGGGCCGGAAAAUGUCCCCAGUUAAACUUCAAGCUGCCAACAAAACUAAAACCGCGACCUCUGGUCAGAAAACACUGACGAUAUGUUUGGGGCUUGGGAGGCGACCCCACUAGGUGUUCACCACAGUGGAUCCAGGUCUAACUAUAAUGGGAAUGGACGUUUUAGAGAAAUAUGAAUUUUUAGUCAACACUAUGAAACGACGUUUACCACUCGGAGAAACAUUGAAUUACACAAACGCCGAUAAAGGUCAUGUCGCUGUUCUACACACAUGCUACACUCUUCUCUUUUUUGAUUUUCUUUUUGUUUCCUGAGCCCACGCCAUCGACCAUCUCCGUUUGGUUCCGUCGACUUCAGUUAACUUUGGCGAAAGCUGGAUUGGCCACCCACGCUCUUGUCAACGCACUCAGUCGAUAUUUUGGUUUCGAAUGCUUGGCAUACGCUUGGUCUCGAACAUGGUCGUUAUGGUCGCUUCUGGUCUUUUGGCUCAACGUGGUUUCGUCCUUCGUCUGCAGCGUUUCUGGUCCGCAUUCCCUACGAACGCCCUCUUCAGAUUCUGGAUACAAACCACUCUCGUGUAGCAUGCCAACUCAAGCAACAAAUACAGCACAUCGCUCCUGGUACCGUUCUCCGAAAACGACCUUCGUUGGCAACUCGACGAUCAACGAUCGCUUUCCUGUUCGCCAAUUCUUCCGUCCUACAAUCGCUCGUUAGCCGAUCAGUCCCACGAUUUAAACCGCUAUUUAUCGAAAGUGUUAACCCUUUCUAGCGGGGGGCUCCUGUAGUGACUCACAUUUAUCACGAGAACACGACUGGUUUAAUAAAAACAAUUAUUAUUAUAACCAACUGUACCAGUGUUUGUUUUAACGUGCUUUUGUUUGACUGUGCUAAUGACAGCUAUUUUGUGCUUCCAUUCUUUUACUUACACUUCGAUUGUAACUUCGCGCGAAUUCGGUUACCUUCUGUAACCAAGGUUGUAUCCUGGCACGAUCUCGGUAUCCUUUCGAUGCCACGAGAUCGCCAGCAAAUAUACACCUCGACUUGGUCC